ACACAGGUGCAGGGAGCCUGCCCGGUGUUCGCGACGGGAGGGGCCGGGUCCAGCGGUGACCUCUCUUCACGCAUCAUGCUGGGGCCUCGGCUCCUGCUGCUCCUGUCCUGCGGGGGAGCCCUGCUCGGCGCUGGCCUAGACGACACCCCCUCUGUGCACCCGGGUCUCCAGAGGCUGCAGGACUCCCCAAAGACAGGCUCAGACAAGGGCUGGUGCUCCACAUGGGGGGCCGGACACUUCUCCACUUUCGACGGCCACGUGUAUGACUUCCCGGGAACCUGCAACUACAUCUUCUCUGCCACCUGCAAAGACGCGUCGCCCACCUUCAGCGUCCAGCUACGGCGAGAGCCCAGCGGGAGCAUCUCCCGGAUCAUUGUGGAGCUGGGGGCCUCUGUGGUCACCGUGCAGAAGGCAGUCAUCUCCGUCAAGGAUGUGGGGGUCGUCAGCCUGCCCUACACCAGUAACGGGCUCCAGAUAACACCCUUCGGCCAGAGCGUGCAGCUGGUGACCAAGCAGCUAGAGCUGGAGCUGGUGGUCAUGUGGGGCCCAGGCACCCACCUCAUGGUGCUCGUCGAGAAGCGGCACAGGGGCAGGCUGUGCGGUCUCUGUGGAGACUUCAACGGCGAGCGGACGGACGAGUUUCUGAGUGAGGAAGGCAAACCCCUGGAACCCCAUGUGUAUGCCGCCCUCCAGACGCUGGAUGACCCCAACGAGAUCUGCACCUACGAGGCCGUCCCCAGCCCCUGGGUCCCACAGGCAGAGCAUGCCCAGACCUGCAGCCAGCUGCUGACCCUGGUGUCCCCCGAGUGCAACGUGCCCAAAGAGACAUUCGUGCUGAGCUGCCAGGUGGACAUGGCCGCGUGCGUCCCGCCAGGCCGGCGGGACUGUAGCUGUGCGACGCUGUCUGAGUACUCACGCCAGUGCAGCAUGGCUGGCCAGGCCGUCAGCAACUGGCGGGGCCCCGGCCUCUGCUCCUUGGGCCAGUGCGCGGCCAACCAGGUGUACCAGGAGUGCGGCGAGGCCUGCGUCAGGACCUGCUCCAACCCCCAGCACGCCUGCUCCGGCUUCUGCACCUUCGGCUGCUUCUGUCCAGGAGAUACGGUUCUCGAUGACAUCUCCAAAAACCACACCUGCGUGCCGGUCACCCAGUGCCCCUGCGUGCUCAACGGGGUGGUCUACGCCCCCGGGGAGGUCAUGACAUCCGCCUGCCAGACCUGCCAGUGUACCAUGGGCCAGUGGAAGUGCACAGAGCAGCCCUGCCCCCGACGCUGCUCCCUGGAAGGCGGCUCCUUUGUCACCACGUUCGAUGCCAGGCCUUACCGCUUCCACGGCACCUGCACCUACAUCCUCCUGCAGAGCCCGCAGCUCCCCGAGGGGGGGUCCCUCAUGGCCUCGUACGACAUGUCUGGGCAUUCUCACUCGGAGACCGCGCUAGCUGCUGUCAUCUACAAGUCCAGCCAGGACAAAAUCGUGAUUUCUCAGGACGAGGUCCUCACCGACAAAGGAAACACCAAGUGGCUACCAUACAAGACUCGCAACAUCACAGUCUUCAGGCAGACGUCCACCCACCUCCAGAUGGCCACCACCUUCGGGCUGGAGCUCGUGAUCCAGCUAAAGCCCGUGUUCCAGGCGUACGUCACCGUCGGGCCCCAGUUCAGAGGCCAGACCACAGGGCUCUGUGGCACCUUCAACGGGGACACGACCGAUGACUUCAUGGCCAGCACGGGCAUCGUUGAGGGCACUGCCUCGCUCUUUGUGGAUUCCUGGCGGACCGGGAACUGCCCAGCCUCGCUUGAGCGUGAGACUGACCCCUGCUCCAUGAGCCAGCUCAACAAGGUGUGUGCAGAGACCCGCUGCUCAGUGCUGGUGAGGGAGGGCACGGUGUUCGAGAAGUGCCAUGCCACGGUGAACCCCAGGCCCUUCUACAAGAGGUGCGUGUACCAGGCCUGCAACUACGAGGAGACCCUCCUCCACGUCUGCGCCGUCCUGAGUGACUAUGCCCGAGCGUGUGCCACACGGGGCGUCCUGCUACGGGGCUGGAGAAGCGGCGUGGACAACUGCACCACCCCCUGCACGGGCAACCAGACAUUCGGCUACGACAGCCGGGCCUGCGGCCGCACGUGCCUCUCACUGUCCGACCGCGCUGCCGAGUGCCACCCGAGUGCGGUGCCCAUGGACGGCUGUAAUUGCCCCGAGGGCACCUACCUCGACCACGAGGCCCGGUGCGUGCGCAAGGCCCAGUGCCCCUGCCUCCUGGACGGCUCCAAGUUCAUCCGAGCUGACCAGUCUGCCAUGGUCAACGGCGUCAUCUGCUACUGCAUCAACGGGAGGCUGAGCUGCCCAGGGCGGCCGCAGAUGCUCCUGGCCACCUGCUCGGCCCCCAAGAUCUUCCAGUCCUGCAACCAGUCUUCGGAGAACACGUUUGGGGCAGCCUGUGCCCCCACGUGCCAGAUGCUGGCCAGUGGCAUCCCCUGCGUGCCCACCAAGUGCGAGCCUGGCUGUGUCUGUGCCGAGGGGCUCUACGAGAACGCCAGGGGGCAGUGCGUACCCCCUGAGGAGUGUCCAUGCGAGUUUGCAGGGGUCUCCUACCCCCGGGGCGCCCAACUGCACACUGACUGUAAGACGUGCACCUGCUCGGGGGGGAGGUGGACGUGCUGGCAGAGCGCCCGGUGCUCGUCUACCUGCACCCUGUACGGGGAGGGCCACGUGGUCACCUUUGACGGGCAGCGCUUCACGUUCGAUGGCAGCUGCAGCUACGUCCUGACCACAGACAGCUGCGGGGCCAACAGCUCCCAGCCCACCUUCAAAGUCCUGACAGAGAACGUCGUGUGUGGGAAGUCAGGCGUCACCUGCUCCCGGGCCGUCAAGAUCUUCCUGGGGGACCUGACCAUAGUGCUGGCGGACAGGACGUACACGGUCAGUGGGGGGGACCCUCACGUUCACUUCCGGGUGCAAACCGGCUCCCUGAACCUGGUGCUGGACAUCACCAUCGGUAGCAGGUACAACCUGACCCUCGUCUGGAACAAGCACAUGACCGUCUACAUCAAGAUCACGCGUGCUGCCCAGGACGCACUGUGCGGCUUGUGCGGCAACUACAACGGGAACAUGAAAGACGACUUUGAGACACGCAGUAAGUACGUGGCGUCCGACGAGCUGGAAUUCGUCAACUCGUGGAAAGACAGCCCCCUGUGCGGAGACGCCAGCCUCACGCUGGACCCCUGCAGCCUCAACGCCUUCCGCCACGUGUGGGCAGAGCGCACCUGCAACAUCAUCAACAGCCAGACCUUCGCCGCCUGCCACAGCCAGGUGUACCGCCUGCCCUACUACGAGGCCUGCGUGCGAGACACGUGUGGCUGCGACACCAGCGGGGACUGCGAGUGCCUGUGCGACGCGGUUGCCGCCUACGCCAAGGCCUGCCUGGACAAGGGCGUGUGUGUGGACUGGAGGACGCCCGACUUCUGCCCUGUCUACUGCGAUUUCUACAACGGCCACACGUCGGGGGACAGUGCGCCCACACAAACCCAGGACACCAGCUGCACGUGGCACUACCAGCCAUGCCUCUGCCCCGGGAACCCGCAGAGCGUCCCAGGCGCCAACAUUGAAGGCUGCUACAAUUGCUCCCGGCACGAGUACUUCGACCACAGCAAGGGGAGCUGCGUUCCCUGUGUGCCGCCACCCGCCACGCCCAGGCCCACCACAGACUCUCCUCGAACCACCUCUGCCAUCACCACACGGGCCACCUCAGCACCAGCCGCAACAGCCUCUAUCGAGUCAACGGCCACAGGAUCCACGGUGACACAGGCCACAAGGAAACCCACGACGUUCACGCUGAGCUCAGCCACGCAAUCCACAGCUCGGGCCACAGAGCAGACCACGCCAGUACCGCCGAUCCCACACACGUCAGAGACAUCCACAGGGCCCCCAAGUAAGGAUGCCGCCACGUGA